UUACGAACUUACGGUCAUCGUCUCUGCCUCCUCUCUGCUCACAAAACCUUUUAAUUUCUCAGCUACCUGUGCCAGAAGGUCACCGAAAUAUUUUCUUACGUCUCAAACCAACGAUCCUACGCUCUUCAGACAUGUCGUCGGAGAAUCAGCCGGACGAUGCCGUGAAGCUCAACUUCAAGGACACCGAGCUCACCUUGGGCCUUCCCGGUGCCAAAACCGGUUCCAAACGUGGAUUCUCUGACACCGUUGAUCUUAAUCUGGCCACAACCCAAGCCACCGAUAACGACCAUGGCUCCGCAUCUGCUAAACCUCCCGCACAAAAGGAGCAGAUGGUGGGGUGGCCGCCGGUGAGGGCAAGCAGAAAGAGCGUGAUGAAGAAAUGUAAGUACGUGAAGGUGGCCGUGGAUGGAGCUCCAUAUCUCAGAAAAGUAGAUCUUGAAAUGUAUCAGAGUUAUGAGGAACUUCUAAGGUCCUUGGAAACUAUGUUCAGCUGCCUAACCAUCCGCAAUGAUUUGAACCAGAACUCUGAGAGGACGACGAAGGUUAAGGCGGAGAGUGGAAAGAAUAAUAAUGGAGGCGAAUACUUACCCGCCUAUGAGGACAAAGAUGGUGACUGGAUGAUGGUCGGAGAUGUCCCAUGGAAGAUGUUUGUUGAGUCCUGCAAAAGAAUAAGGCUGAUGAUGAGCUCGGAGGCCACGGGCUUAGGUCCGAGAAGAGGUUCAAAAUGAAGGUAAUCUAAGGUUGUCCGUAAAGAACUAAUCUCAUGACUCAUGUACAGAGGCUUCGAUCUACAAACCAACUUGUGGGUUUGUUGGUUGGUUGGUUAAAGAGAUGAUUAGAGCAGAUUAAGGAAGUGCUAUUAGUAAUCAAAGGAAUAAAGAGAUAGAGAGAGAGAGAGAGAGAGAGAUUAUGGAUGUGGUCUGUAAAUUGCUGAUAAUUCUGUCGUCUGUGUUUGUUUUGUACUGUAAUACAAAUGCGAGUUUGAUGUUGAGGCUGAUGUAUUUCCUAUAUCCCAAUUUUGUAAUCCUUAGUUACAAAUCAUUAUCUCACUGUCGUGGUCUGAGAUCUAUAUUAUACUUCACCCAUAGUGUCUCUUCCUUUUCACAAGUUUUUCAGA